AUGACCAACAAGGACUUCAUCAUCAGGCACAUGAACGCCGACCACGCGGACUCGCUCUCCCUCUUCCUACAAGCCUACAAUGGCAUCUCCGCCCGAGAAUCACACCCCGCCACCCUGGAGGACCUCACCACCUCCAACAUGAUCAUCCGCGCCCACGGCACCCGCUACACCGUCCCCCUGGAGCCCCCGAUGAAAGACCUGUCAGAGUCGCGCGCCCGCAUGGUCGCCCUGCACAAGGAGAGCCUCCAGCGCCUGGGUCGCAGCGACGUCACCCUUACCGAAUACCGGGGUCCGCGCGGCGUGGAAGCCAUCAUCUUCUUCUUGUGUUUCUUCUUCUUCGUCAGCUGCUACUCGCGCGACAAUCUUCUCCCCGGCUCCUGGGCCUACGAGUACCUGGGCUACAAGUACGUGCCGAGCCUGGCACACUUCAUGUAUAACGUCCAGCCCUAUAUGUUUCCUGGUGUCGUGGGCAUUCACGUCCUCGAGACGGUGUUAUUGGCCUGGUUCCGACUACGGCCGCUUGGGGUUCCUAUCUUGUCGGGGACGUGGUGUAAGUGGGUGGCGUCGUGUCUUGUGGAGGGGUUCGGGUCGUGGUCGCGAAUUAACCAGAUUGUCAAGGAGGCGCGGGCGAAGACUAAGAAGGAGUGA